AUGGCGGCGACGUUCCGACAUACGCACCAUUUCACCCCGGAGGAGAUCCGUCGCAGAGAGAUCGCGAGCAAGUUUGUCCUCGCCAACAGAGUGUUCUAUAAUUCCUAUCUCUGGCUCCAAAAGCUGGUUCUACUUGAUACCUACCGCAGACUUCACACGCAACUUCGCUGGGAGAAGGUCACGGUGAUUUCAUAUAUCAGCAUAUUCUUAGCGACGUAUGUAAUUGUACAGAUUGUGACUUUCACGGAGUGCGAUCCAUUCAACCAUUACUGGAUUGUAUUACCAGAUCCUGGCACAUGCUGCCAGGCACAGCUUCAAUUAAUUGUCCUCGGCGUCCUCAAUGUCAUCACCGACGUUAUGCUUAUCGCCAUGCCGAUUCCAAUUCUGGUUGUGGUUAAACGAUCCACUGUUGAAAAAUUCCAGCUAAUGGCCCUAUUCACUGUCGGCCUCUUCAUCGUCGCUAUCACCAUCGCUAGGCUACCUCAAAACACCAAAAAUGCCACUGAGCAGGUGAACAGAACAACUUGGGCGUCUAUUGAGUUACUUGCUGCCGCUAUUGUCGCCAAUGCUCCCGUCCUGUACGGACUUUUGAAGGGAACGAGACAGAAGUCCAAGUACGCCGCAGCUGGAGCUGGAUCGGCUGCGCCCUCGUGGCCGGGACGUCAAAAGAGGUCAGCAAAUGAGUCCGAAUUCGAACUGCAGGGGGCUCAUCACAGUAAUAGAGGGUCUGUACUGGGCUCAAAGAUAUCCUCAAGUAAUUAUUUGGAGAUCGACGGCGAGAGUGGCUCACCAACGUCGGUGACAAACCGCGCUGGCCCACUUCUGCAGGCGGCCACCGCCGCCGCGGGAGCAGUAGCAGGUGUCUUUGGGGUAGGAAAGCAGAUGAUGGGUGGGGAAGAAUGUGUACCGGACGAUAGUGCGCCAGACACACGCCUGUCUGAGACCGUAGGUUUGGGCAAUGACGCCGAACGCCUGGCAGAAGAACACGCGAGAUGGCUUGAAGUCCCAAUGCUGCCGCUUCCAGUCGCCCGCUCGACUGUCGCCAGCCCACCCCAACAGAGUAAAGAGGACCUCGAUGCUGGUCACCUUCACGUUCGCGCCGGUGGGGAAGGGGAGGUCCUCUUGCAGCCAUCCAUGGCGGAAGACCUCCCGGAACAGAAACCUCAAACAGGGCCAAUCACCGGGCGAGAAACGACAUCAAACGUUGAGUGGAACCAAGCGUAG